GAUCACCGCGCUUUCCAACUGAGUGAUAAGGCCAGCCAAUCCAAACAUGUAGGAGUGGCAAUUCGAGCCACAUCCCUGCCACGCAUAUGGCGGCGGUGGAGAAAAAAAUUUGAAACCGGAAGUCGAGACUUUAUUUAACUGAGGGUUUCUCUGAACGCCAAUCGGGUAGGAGGGCUGGGCGCAUGUGCCAGUGUUUGGCGCCUUACCUGCCGUUGGAAGAUUGCGUGCUUGGCCGCGCGUUGGUUGCCCCACAAUGCUCCGCGCGUGCGGCGCGUGGUGGCGGCUGCUGUGAGGCGUGAGGAGGCAGAGAGGGUUGGGGUUGUUGUCAGAGUACCCGGGACGGUGCUAUGGCGGCCUCGGUGCUCGCCCGUGUCCUGUCGACUAUGGCCGGUCCGCGUUACAUUCUCAGAUGUAGUAAUACCUGUGUGGUGAAGUGGUUUUCAAAACAUAUUAGUUCAGUUAACCGUCCGAAGCAGCCUCUGACCGCCUACAUACGCUUUUAUAAAGACCAGCAACCGAUUUAUAAGAAACAAAAUCCAGAUAUAAGUGCUUUGGACAUAACAAAACAGAUAGCACAUGCUUGGAGGGAGCUGCCAUCAUCUGACAAACAAUCUUAUGAAGCAGCUGCAAAACUUGAAAGUCAGACUUACAAAGUACAGAUGGCCAAAUACAAAGCCCAAUUAACUCCUGCCCAGGAAGAAGCUUUGAAAGAAGAAAAGAGAAAGAAAGUGGCAAAAAGAAGAGCAAUAAGGAGAAAAAGGCAAUUAACAGUGCUUGGGAAACCUAAAAGACCUCGUACUGCCUUCAAUAUUUUUGUGUCUGAACACUUCCAAGAGGCUAAAGGAGUCUCUGUUCAGGGAAAGAUGAAAAAUCUAUUUGAAGAAUGGCAAAAAUUGGGACCAUCUCUAAAACAGACAUAUCAUCAGCUUGCUGAAGAUGAUAAGAUCCGGUAUGAAAAUGAAAUGAAGUUAUGGGAGGAGCAUAUGGUGGAAAUUGGCCGUGAAGAUCUUGUACGCCAUAAAAAUAGAAGGAAAAUGUCAAAAGAAAAGAAAACUCCAAGAAAAACUACUUCAGAAAGGGAGGCUACAACUUCAAAAAAGCCAUUGGGAAGCAAAAGGGCUUCACCAGCACACAGUGUGAAAAAAUCUGAAGAAUAAAAUGUUAAGUAAAUUAUGUUGCGUCCCUCUGAAGUGCAGUCAUUACUGCAUUCUGAAAUUAUGCUUGGCUGGAAAGGAGUUGAGAUGAGAUUGUGUGAGAAAAAGAAACUUGAAAUGACUAGGUUUUAAAUUUCUGGAAACUGUCCAUUAGGGUAAAUCAAGCUGUGAGAAUUAAAACAAAGACCGAUCAUGAGAGAAGAGAUGCUUAUUUCGAUGUGUAAAUAAGUAUUCUUUUACAAAUUAAAACUUAUAUGUAUAAAAUCACCAUCUUUCUGCUUAUUAGAAGUGCUUUGAUUGUGGGCUGCAAAGGUAUGCAGCAUGUAAAUAAUGCAUAGUCACGGGAGAAAGCAUGUAUAUUUGCUAAUUUCAGUCUUGUAAUUAACAAUUACUGAAUCAAAAUUUUGAAUUGUUUUUUCAUCUACAUUUUUGUAUGUAUGUACCAGCAAUGCAUAUUAUUUAUAUUGCAUAGUACAAAUUAAAAUGUCGUGACUUUUA